AUGGCGGCGUGUGGACGUGUACGGAGGAUGUUCCCCUUGUCCGCGGCGCUGCCGCUGCUCUUGCUCGUGGCGGCCCGGGCCCAGAGGCUCCAGAACGCGGGCGCCUUGCACGCUCCAGUGCUGGGCCUCAGGGCCUUCGGAGAUGCCGCGGAGCAUCAGCCUCAGGCGCACGCUCCGCAGCCGCCCCAGCCUCCGCAGCAGCCGCAGGCGCAGCAGCCACCUCAGCCUCAGCAGCAGCAACAGCAGCAGCAGCAGCAGCAGCAGCAGCCGCCACCGCCGCCGCAGCCCUUCCCGGCUGGAGCGGGGCCGGCCCGGCGGGGCGGCGCGGGACCGGGGGGCGGCUGGAAGCUGGCGGAGGAGGAGACGUGUCGGGAGGACGUGACCCGGGUGUGCCCAAAGCACACCUGGAGCAACAACCUGGCGGUGCUGGAGUGUCUGCAGGACGUGCGGGAGUUGUUGUGGAAUUAUAAAUUGAAUCUAACUACAGACCCCAAAUUUGAAUCUGUGGCCCGAGAAGUCUGCAAAUCCACCAUAUCAGAUAUUAAAGAAUGUGCUGAAGAACCAGUUGGGAAGGGCUACUUAGUCUCUUGUUUGGUGGAUCACAGAGGCAACAUUACUGAAUACCAGUGCCAUCAGUACAUAACCAAGAUGACAGCCAUUAUCUUUAGUGAUUAUCGUCUGAUCUGUGGCUUCAUGGAUGACUGCAAAAACGACAUCAAUAUUCUGAAGUGUGGAAGCAUCCGACUUGGAGAAAAGGAUGCACAUUCACAGGGCGAAGUUGUGGCCUGCUUAGAAAAAGGUUUGGUAAAGGAAGCAGAAGAAAGAGAUCCCCGGUUUCAAGUCUCAGAACCUUGUAAGAAAGCCAUUCUCCGUGUGGCUGAGCUGUCCUCAGAUGAUUUCCACUUGGAUCGGCAUUUAUAUUUUGCAUGCCGAGAUGAUCGAGAGCGUUUCUGUGAAAAUACACAGGCUGGUGAAGGCAGAGUAUAUAAGUGCCUCUUUAACCACAAAUUUGAAGAAUCAAUGAGUGAAAAGUGUCGGGAGGCCUUGACAACUCGACAAAAGCUUAUUGCCCAGGAUUACAAAGUUAGUUAUUCACUGGCGAAAUCUUGUAAAAGUGACCUGAAAAAAUAUCGCUGUAAUGUGGAAAAUCUUCCUCGGUCCAGGGAAGCUAGACUCUCCUAUCUUCUGAUGUGUCUAGAAUCCGCUGUACAUAGAGGUCGACAGGUAAGCAGUGAGUGCCAGGGAGAGAUGUUGGAUUACCGACGCAUGUUGAUGGAAGAUUUUUCUCUAAGCCCCGAGAUAAUCUUGAGCUGUCGGGGUGAAAUUGAGCACCACUGUUCUGGAUUACACCGGAAAGGGAGGACUCUACAUUGUCUGAUGAAAGUAGUUCGUGGAGAGAAGGGAAAUGUUGGAAUGAAUUGCCAACAAGCGCUUCAAACACUGAUUCAAGAAACUGACCCUGGUGCAGAUUACCGCAUUGACCGAGCUUUGAAUGAAGCUUGUGAAUCUGUAAUACAGACGGCCUGCAAGCACAUAAGAUCUGGAGACCCAAUGAUUCUCUCUUGCCUAAUGGAGCAUCUCUACACAGAAAAGAUGGUUGAAGAUUGUGAGCACAGGCUACUAGAACUCCAGUAUUUCAUCUCUCGAGACUGGAAACUGGACCCUGUUCUUUACCGGAAGUGCCAAGGAGAUGCUUCUCGUCUCUGCCAUACCCAUGGUUGGAAUGAGACCAGUGAGCUUAUGCCACCUGGAGCUGUAUUCUCCUGUUUAUAUAGACAUGCCUACCGCACUGAGGAGCAAGGCAGGAGACUGUCUCGAGAAUGUCGCGCUGAAGUGCAGCGAAUCCUGCAUCAGCGGGCCAUGGAUGUAAAACUUGAUCCUGCUCUCCAAGACAAGUGCCUCAUUGACCUGGGCAAGUGGUGCAGUGAAAAAACCGAGAUGGGCCAGGAGCUUGAGUGCCUCCAGGAUCAUCUUGAUGACUUAGUUGUGGAAUGCAGAGAUAUAGUUGGCAACCUCACAGAAUUAGAAUCCGAGGACAUUCAGAUUGAAGCUCUGUUGAUGAGAGCAUGUGAGCCCAUCAUUCAGAAUUUCUGCCAUGACAUGGCAGAUAAUCAGAUUGAUUCUGGGGAUCUAAUGGAGUGUCUGAUCCAAAACAAACACCAAAAGGAAAUGAAUGAGAAGUGUGCAAUUGGUGUCACCCACUUCCAGCUGGUCCAAAUGAAGGAUUUUCGAUUCUCUUAUAAAUUUAAAAUGGCCUGCAAGGAAGACGUCUUGAAACUUUGCCCUAACAUCAAAAAAAAAGUGGAUGUGGUGAUCUGUCUGAGUACCACUGUGCGUAAUGACACUCUCCAGGAUGCCAAAGAGCAAAGAGUGUCCCUGAAGUGCCGCAGACAACUACGCGUCGAGGAGCUGGAAAUGACGGAGGACAUCCGCCUAGAGCCAGAGCUGUAUGAGGCCUGCAAAAAUGACAUCAAGAACUACUGUCAAACUGUGCCCUUCGGCAAUGCCCAGAUUAUAGAGUGCCUUAAAGAGAACAAGAAGCAACUGAGUCCUCGGUGCCACCAGAAAGUCUUUAAGCUGCAGGAGACAGAGAUGAUGGACCCAGAACUAGACUAUACCCUCAUGAGAGUCUGUAAACAGAUGAUAAAGAGAUUCUGUCCAGAAGCAGAUUCAAAGAACAUGCUCCAGUGUUUGAAACAAAAUAAAAACAGUGAACUGAUGGACCCCAAAUGUAAACAAAUGAUCACCAAGCGCCAGAUUACACAGAACACAGAUUACCGCCUAAACCCUGUGCUGCGGAAAGCCUGUAAAGCUGAUAUUCCUAAAUUCUGCCAGAAUAUCAUAAAUAAGGCCAAGGAUGAUUCCGAGCUGGAAGGCCAAGUCAUCUCUUGUCUGAAGCUGAAAUACGCUGAUCAGCGCCUUUCUCCAGAUUGUGAGGACCAGAUCCGAGUAAUCAUCCAGGAAUCUGCUUUGGAUUACAGACUAGACCCUCAAUUACAGAUGCAUUGCUCAGAUGAGAUCUCCAGCCUGUGUGCAGAAGAAGCAGCAGCCCAGGAACAGACAGGUCAGGUAGAAGAGUGUCUAAAAGUGAACCUGCUCAAGAUCAAAAAUGAAAUGUGUAAAAAGGAAGUAUUAAACAUGCUAAAAGAAAGCAAAGCAGACAUAUUUGUGGACCCCGUUCUUCAUACAGCCUGUGCCUUGGACAUCAAACACCACUGUGCAGCCAUCCCCCCUGGUCGAGGGCGGCAAAUGUCCUGCUUAAUGGAGGCCCUAGAAGACAAGCGAGUCAGACUACAGCCUGAAUGCAAGAAACGCCUCAAUGAUCGGAUCGAGAUGUGGAGUUAUGCAGCCAAGGUUGCUCCAGCAGAAGGCUUCUCUGAUCUUGCCAUGCAAGUGAUGACAUCCCCAUCUAAAAACUACAUUUUGUCAGUGAUCACAGUGGGCAUCUGUAUACUGUUCCUGAUUGGCCUGAUGUGUGGACGAAUCACCAAGCGGGUGACACGAGAGCUCAAGGACAGGAAUAGAGACCCCUCCUGGGCAGAGCUCUGAUGCCAGAGGGACUAAGCAUGCCUAAGAAAAAGUGAUCCACAGCUGGUCUGGGUGAAGAGUACACAUCCAGAAAUGACACCGUCUUCUCCUGUUUGCCAUGCACACCAGCCCUGGAAGCCCUGGAUGAAUAUGAUGUUUCCAAGACUCAUUAUCCCUUCCUGCUUCUGAGCUGAGAAAGGAAUCUUUGCUCAAGCAGUACCCUUAUCCAGGGCCUGUCUCCCUUCUCCCCACCCCCACCCCCCCUUGUAAAGAGGAUUGGGGAAUGAAUUUUGGUCCUUUCCUUGAGAACCUUAGGUUGAGUGUUGGGCUUCAAGUCACAGUGGCUGCACAAGAGGGCAGCAUGUACAGUAGGAGAUAGAUAGAUAUAAUAUAUAUUUUAUUAACCUGUUAGAUGUGUCCACAUAUUAUGUGCUGGAAUAUUCUAAAUGAUGUGCCUAAAACUGUCCAUGUAGGCUGAGGCUGAUUUCAUAAUUAAUUUCCAUUCCUUCACCAUUUCCAGUUCUUUUCCCCCUUACCAAGAAUGACCUGGUAUUUCCAUCACAUGAUCACAAGAUAGAGUGUAUCUGAUUGUGGACCAGCUGAUCUAGGUUACUUUCUGUGUAUAA